AUGGUUCUGUCAAUUUUUGAAAUUUAUAGUAACAUUAGAUCUCGAAUCCUUUGGCAUUGGGAAAAUAUUGAGCUGUGCUUCAAAUCUCUUUUUUUUAAUACCCAUUUAGACCAAAAUUAUUUCUCUGAUGUACUUAUGGAACCAAUUUUUAGUGUUGUCGAUAAUUUUACAAAAUUUCUUGGACCGUUUUUUGUACUGUGUGUAAUUCUGAUAAUGACAACAGUAAUUGCAAUAGCAUAUUUUAUUGGCCUUCCUUAUUGGUGGAAUAAAAAUCCGAAUGCAGCUGUUAUUCUGGUCAUAGUUGGAAAUUGGCUCAAAUGGAACACAUUAUUUCAUUAUUACAAGGGUGUUGUAACACCACCGGGAUACCCUCCCAAGGGCACUGUUAUUCAGGAAGCAGUAAGCAUAUGUAAAAAAUGUAUAUCACCGAAACCACCUAGAACUCAUCACUGUUCUGUUUGUAAUAGAUGUAUUCUGAAAAUGGACCACCAUUGUCCUUGGCUUAACAAUUGUGUUGGCCAUUAUAAUCACCGAUACUUUUUUAUGUAUAUGGUUUUCAUUUCAAUGAGUACUUUGUUCAUUAUGGUAUUUGGAUAUGAAAUAGCAUAUACAGAAGUUUGGCUUAAAGAGAUCAUUAGUGAGGAAGUUUAUGGUCAUCCUAUUAGAUUUGAUAACUCAAACAUCAUACCAGUUCCUGAGUGGGAUAACACAACUUGUACAGAACUUCCUGUUGAACCUCCUCCAGCUUUCUUAUGGAGAAAAAGGGCUAUAUUUUUUAUGGCCUUUAUUUGCAGUGGUGCAUUUAUUGCAUUAACUUGGUUAUCUAUAUGGCAUGCGAAGCACAUUCUUAGAGGAGAAACAAGUAUUGAAGGUCAUAUCAACAAGGCUGAGUCAAAACGCUUGGCUGCUCUAAACCAGAAAUACAUAAAUCCUUAUAAUUAUGGACCUGAUGAGAAUUUUAAAAUAUUUUUUGGUAUAGAGGAUGGAAGUUAUCGUUCAUGGUUACACAUUUUCUUUCCAUCGUCCCAUCGUCCAUUUGGUGAUGGUCUUACAUGGCAAAAUGCAAAUCAUAUAAAUAAAACGAUCGAAGAAAAGAAGUAUCCCUAA